AUGCUAGUGCUGAGCCUUGCGCUGCAUGCAUGUGCUAUCUGGCCGUUCACUCCGAAGAGAUUCGCAGGAAAUGCCUUCCUCGGAGCGGGGUCCAUGGGUGUCGAUGACGAUGGGAACAUCAUAGCGUUCGGGGACUUCAAUGGGGAUCAGUUCUUGGAUUUACUUGGCUUAGCAUCCGACCGGCAGACAUUGUCAGUAUACCUGUGGGACCAUGAGGAGUACACGUUCAGGAAAUCUGCCGUGUUCCGUCAUCCUCAAAGAGUAUACAACGUUAUCCCUGGCGACUUCACUCAAAAUGGCAGGCUUGACCUACUUGUCUUGGGCCAAGCUGCCUCCACCAGUCAGCUCGCAGUACAGCUCUACAGGGCGCAGUCUGGCGGCGCAUUCGAGCUAUACCCAAUCUCAGGACCACCAUCUACGAUGGCCCAGCCUAUACCCAUGGAUAUGAAUGGAGACCUAAAGAUCGACCUCUUUGGUGUUUCCCCAGGCGGCUCGUCAAGCUCGCCCUUCAAAGUAUGGGACAAUGCUUGGAACGUGUCGCAGAAGAACAGCCCCAUAUUCAAUCUUGUCGAUCCGAAAUUCAACGGAGCGCAAUGCACGUUGUCGAAUCCGCAUAGCAACGCAGCCAUAGACUUAAACGGCGACUGCUUAGCAGAUAUCUUCCUCGUAUGUGACGACACGGAUACCGCCUCCAAGUACUUCCAGAUCUGGGUCAACAACAAGGACGACGGCUUCCUCUUGGCCCAACUCGGCCGUCUGCCAAAAGGAGCACAGUCAAUUUCUUUUGCUGACAUUGAUCGUGAUGGAACCAUUGACAUGGUGUUCGCUACCUGUGCAUCAGUUUCUAGCUCCGGUGUCGGAUCGAACUGUUACAUCAACGUUGCAUACAACAAGCAGUUGUCCCUCUGUGCAUCAACAACUGACUCUGGUCUUCGCAACGGAAAGCGCGUGUGCAGACCACCCGAGCAGCUGUGCACGGCCGAUCCUGACUUUCGGUUCGAUCUGAGUGACCGGAGCGACAACGAUGCGUUGGUGCGCAUCCCUCUGGAGGACAUCUUCCCUUCCAAGCCUUCUCUGCUCGUCAUGGAUACGACGCAGAGCCCAGCGCUGCCGGUCUCUCUCAAGCUCGGUGACGCAAAUCAAGAUGGCUUUCCCGACAUCCUCGCUAUUGUAGUGACAGGCUCAGGCUCUCAGACGUCUUACACACCUCAGUUGGCUGUAUCCGAGCCCUGUGGCCCUGGCGUUGCCGGCUGCGGAUCUAGCACAAAGAACCGGAGAGGCUGGAGUGUGGUCAAGAAAGGCAUAGACCCGCUCAAAGGCAUCCACGACGCCCGUUCGGUCGCUUUCUUCGACAUGGAUGAAGAUGGGAGCCUUGAUAUCAUGAUCCAAAGGACCGGCACGCAGGGCGAGGGUCACAUUCUCUUCGUCCAGAACAACUUCUACUACGACGCGUUCUUCCUCAAAGCGAUUGUACUAAACGGGGCCUGUGGCAGUUCUAUUUGCAGAGACGCAAACACUUCUGCUCAGUAUCAUCCGUAUGGUGUGAGCUAUUCGGGCGCGACAUACAAGUAUACUGUACUUGAUACCUCAGGAAGGCGGUCCGCAGCUGCUGUCGGCCAACUUCCGCAGACUGCAUAUCACGCUCUCCUCACACCCUACUCAUAUUUCGGUCUCGGCAGAACCAACAACUACAUCGAGAACCUCUUUGUCGGAUCGACAAAGCACUCGAAGCAACAUUACAUCAACAUGGAGGGUGUAAUUCCGAAUUCAAAGGUCGUUAUCAUUCCUCCAAUAGAGGAGAACGAGGCGUGGAGGAGGGAGCUGUAUCUGCGGCCGGGAGAGUGGAUCCCGUGGGUGACCCUUACCGUCAUCGCUACCCUCGGUAUACUGGCAGCGAUAGUGAUGGUGCUGCAUCUGAACGAGAAGAGGGAAGACGAAUUGGAGAGGAGACGCGCUUCCCACCAUAUCAACUUCGAUGCACUGUAAUUUAUCUGUGUGUUCUCCUUUCUAGUGAUGUCAAUGGAAAUGCUACACGUCCUAUAAUGUA